GUAGAUAGUGCAUUCGCAAAGCUCAAUGGAAAAUUCUGACCAAAUGUAUAAUCGUAAGCCAAUGGAGAAGAAAAAGGAAGGCAUGGGGUCUAUUGAUCAAGACCUGAGCUUUAGGAAGAUUAUGAAAGAUGUUGAGCUCUUUGGUUCUUCACAUAUGACAUGGAAAGAUAAGAAAGCAUUGGAGAACAAGAAAGUGACUGCACUCGGUGGAAAGCCUCAAAAGAAUCAUGGGUUACCGCUGAGUGUAGCGCGAGUACAGAUGAAGAAACAGAAAGAAAGAGAAGAGAAAAUGUUGGAACAGAAUAUGAUUCUUGGCAGAUUUGGAGGACAAUUUGGGAGUGGAAGUACGAGGAAACCCGCAGAGAGGAAGCGUACGCUAGAAGAGAGAGUCUUGAAGUCAACUGUAGGGCAUUUCAAGGGCGGUGUUCUUGAUGUUAGGCAUAUGCUACAUUCUGGUUCUUCAAGAACUAAUGACACAUAUUUCAAGAUGAAGAAACACAGUAAGAGCGAGAACAGGGAAGGAGGAGGCAAGAAGAAGAAUAAAGGAAAGAAGAAAGGAGGGGGUAAGAAGAAAGGCAAGUAACCGUGGUAACUCUGUAACAAGUUUUGAAUGGUGCACAUGCUAUAACCUACCUUGCCGAUGUCAAGCUUUACAAGUGCAACUGUCGUGUCCAGGUGAAAGUCCUCCAUACAUGGAAGCAAUAUAUUGCACAAUCAGGAGAGACCU